AUGUCCGUUGAACAAUUUUCCAACACAUUCAUCAAUCCAGCAAUCACCUUUUUAACACUCACUCACUCACUUGAUUCAAUCCAGUUCAAUCACACUCUCGCACAUACUCUCGCACUCGCACACACCCACACAAUGAACCCUCAAGUCACUAACAUCGUCGUCAUGUUGGUCAUGAUGCAAGCUUCCCGUAAGAUCGACAUGGAAAACGAGCAAAACAUCUUCUACAUAAGAGUCCUCUAUGCCGUGUGUUUCGCCAUCACUUUCGGUAUCUACCAACUAGCCAGACGUGCCAUCGUCGCCAAGAACGACACCACCGAAUUGAAAUUCAAACAUAAGGAACCAUCCUCCAAGCAGGAAGUCGACGUCGUCACCACCGUCAAGGAAUACGAUCUAAGAGAAGUCGAUAACGCCAUCAAGGGUAUCUUCCAAUCCCUAGCCAUGAUGGGGUUCAUGCAUUUCUACAUGGGGUACGUCAACCCAUUGUUCAUGCAAUCCAUCUCCCCCGUCAAGUCCGCUUUGGAACAUAACGAAGUGCAAAUUAAUUUGUUCGGUAAGCCUGCAGUCGGCCCAUUAAAGAGACCAUUCAAGACUCCAUCCAUGUUUGAAAACUUGAUGAAUGCGGGAACUGGUGCUCAAGCUCCAGGUACUGAUGUCGACGACGAUUUGCCAAAGAUUGAAGAAAUCAAUGACGAUGUCGCUGCUGAAGGUGUCAAGGCCGAAUAG